GAAUGAAUAGACUUAGAAGUUAAAACCUGAACCAAUUCAUAAGAAAUUGGCGCGGAGGAAUUACAACCAAAAAAAAAAAAAGGCGUUGGGAAAGGCUCAUCCCCCGAGUCUUUGUCGAUGAGUUAGGCAUCAAGCUUACUUCAUGAAUGGUCGAUCUCAGCCUCUGUCCAAAACCUUAAAGGGUCUUCUCUCAUCUUCAGUCGCCGCCUCCACCGUAUCACCACCGGGAAAUUCCUCCGUCAAAACUCUCAGUUUUGCGCAAUGGCAGGCAAUCUUGUACACGUGCGCCAACUCCAAAUGUGUACGGCUCACCAAGCAGCUCCACGCUUACACAGUCACCUCUGGCCUUCUUUCGUCGCGUAAUUCUUCAUACCUUCUCUCGCUUCUAGCUUCGGCGUAUGCCCACGGUGGCCAGAUUUCCCUUGCUCGGGACAUGUUCGAUGUAUUGCCCAAACGAGCAUUCUUUGCAUAUAAAACCAUGAUCAGAAUCUACACGGAGGUUGGGCAUCCGCUUAAGGCUGUUAAACUCUUUCCUGAAAUGCUUGGAUCUGGGAACUUUGAACCCGACAAGUACAUUUAUCCGUUUGUGAUCAGGGCUUGUGGUGAUUUGUCGAUGCUUAAAUUGGGCACUGCGGUUUAUUGUCUAGCUUUUAAAAGUGGGUUUGGUGAAGACGAGUUUAUUGGCAAUUCUCUCUUGGCCAUGUACAUGAAAUGUGGUGAUGAAGUGGGAGCUAAGCAGGCUUUCGACAACAUGGAGGAGCCUACUAUUGUAUCAUGGAACACCAUGAUAAGUGGUUAUUUCCGAAAUGAGAACGCUAAAGGAUCUCUUAUGAUGUUUCGGAAGCUAGUGGAAGAUGGUGUUGAGGCUGAUACCGCGACAGUUGUUUCUGUUUUGCCUUCUUGUGGGCUCUUGAAGGACUUGGAGUUGGGAAGAGAGGUGCACUUGCUGGUUGAAGAAAAGGGUUUUGGGAAGAGGUUGGCUGUCAGGAACGCGCUGAUGGAUAUGUAUGUCAAAUGUGGCAAAAUGGACGAGGCACGAACUGUUUUUGAUGCGACAGUUGAGAAGGAUGUGGUGACUUGGACAACUAUGAUUAAUGGGUACAUUUUGAAUGGCGAUGUUACAAGUGCUUUUCACUUGUGUCGAAUGAUGCAGUUCGAAGGUAUAAAGCCUAAUGCGGUAACUAUGGUUUCUCUUCUAGCAUCCUGUUCCAGUUUGCCUAAUUUGAAAUUAGGGAAAUGUUUGCAUGGUUGGGCUGUGAGGCACAGAAUUGAUUCUGAUGUAAACACUGUAACUGCACUGAUUGACCUGUAUGCAAAAUGCAACAAGAUGAAACAUAGCCUUAAGGUCUUCUCCAUGACUUCCAAGAAGGAAACUGUUCCUUGGAAUUCUAUUCUUUCGGGGUGCAUUCAUAACGAAUUAGCAAGAGAAGCAAUAGAGCUUUUCAAACAAAUGCUAAUGAAAUGUGUGAGACCUAAUGAUGCUACCUUCAAGUGUGUCCUUCCAGCAUUUGCGGUUGAAGCUGAUAUGCAGCAAGCAAAGAGUAUACACGGUUUCCUAAUAAGGUCAGGGUUUAUCUCGUGGACUGAAAUCGCGACUGGCUUGGUUGAUGUAUACUGCAAGAGUGGGAGCUUGGAGUCUGGCCACGCUAUCUUUGACGGAAUACACUUGAAUAAUAAGGACAUAGUACUGUGGAGUGCGCUUAUCGAUGGUUAUGGAACACAUGGGCACGGCGAGGUUGCAGUUUCUCUCUUUUAUGAGAUGGUGCAGUCCGGGGUUAAACCCAACGAAGUCACUUUCACUUCCGUUUUGCGAGCCUGUAGUCACACAGGGUUGGUUGAUGAUGGAUUGGCCUUAUUUAAAUUUAUACAUGGAAAUUACCCUAAUUGUCUUCGCACUGAUCAUUACACCUGCAUGGUUGAUCUUCUUGGGCGUGCGGGUCGACUUGGUGAAGCUCAUGAACUCAUAAGGACCAUGCCUUUUCAACAAAGUCAUGCUGUCUGGGGAGCAUUGCUUGGUGCUUGUGUAAUACACCAAAAUGUGGAACUAGGAGAAGAGGCUGCAAAAUGGCUUUUCGAACUAGAACCAGAGAAUACAGGGAACUAUGUACUUAUGGGGAACAUUUAUGCUGCUGCUGGAAGGUGGAAAGAUGUUGAGGAUGUAAGGAGCAAGAUGGGCAAGGCAGGCUUGUUGAAAUCCCCUGCACAGAGUGUAAUUUAUUGAGAUUUUAACAUUUAUAUUUAGAUUUUUAGACAAAUUCAAGCAUCACAAGUCUCAACUCACAAGCCUGAGAUAUCCUGUAAAUCAGUAGCAAGUGCAGUGACCUCUUAGAAGGAUUCUUCAAGAUAAAUUUUGAUGGAUUCAUGGUCUAAAAAUUUGUUUUUGCAGAUCUGAAAUUUGAACUUGUC